AUGAAUGCAUUUUCAUCACCACAUAAACAUAUGAAAGACCCAAAUACUUCAACUGGACAAAUAGUUUUUGGAUCUCAGUUUAAUCAAUUUCAAGAUAAUGCAGAACAGGAUUUUGUCAGUUUGAUAGAUGGGAAUUGCGAUGAUGAUAUUAUGGCUCCUUGCAUAGAUGAUACUGUUACUUAUAAACUACAAAAGGUAUCAGGACCAUUGUUAAGUCAGAUUUCAAAUCUACAUAUUCAACAGGCAUUAAUCAUUAGAGAGUUGAUAUUUACAUUGUUGGGAUAUGAAGGACAUUAUAUUCAAUACAGUCGGCACUACGAUCCAUCUUCACCAUUGAGUAGGAUUUCCGGUCCAGAUUACAAAAUAGCUAAAAAUUUAGAUAUCAGUUUGAAAAAUAUUGCCAAAAAGUUGAUGAGAUUUGGGAAAUACUAUAGUGGAUUAAGAUCAUUUAUUCAGAUCUAUGAUGACACAGGAUUUGGAAGAAUUGUUCAAAAGUUUUGUUAUGAAAUUAGUGAAUUUUUGAGUCAUUAUCAAAGAGUCAUUAUGAAUUUGGAGCAUGAAUUUAAGUUUAAUAAGAAUUUCAAUUUAAAUAUGUUGGAUCAAAUGCUACAUCAAGAAGUAGCCAAUAAGUUAACACAUUUCUAUGAAAUUUCAUUAGAGAUUAAUAGAAUUACCGAAGAAAGACAAAGAUUAUCUCAGAUAGACGUUUUGGAUAAAUUCGAAUCUUCAUUCAUCAAUAAUUCAAAUUUCAAUGGAGUAAAUUCAGAACCUAAUUUAUAUCAUGUGAAAUCAGAUUGCUGUAAAGGAGGUUCAGUAUUGCAGAUUAUUCAAGAGAGAAUAAUAUACUAUAAAGGGGAUCCUGUUUCUUUGGAAUUCUUGACCCGACUAUUUGAUACAGUGAGUGUUGAUUAUGUUUCGAUGUUGAAUCAAUGGCUAUUAGAAGGUGUUAUUGAUGACCCAUUUGAUGAAUUUUUGGUCAGAAAGAAAAAUGUACCACCAGCAUUUUUAGAAGCUUUUCAAAGCAAAAGUGAAUACUAUUGGAAUGAAUUGUUUUUAAUUAAAACUGAUGGGUUACUAAAUCAAUUCCGAAAUUCAGCCGUACAAGCAAAGAUACUAAAUACUGGGAAGUACCUAAAUAUAUUCAAGAAUUGUACUGGUUUAGCAAACUUUGAAAAAUUGCAAGAAAAGUUAAUAACCAUUUCCAGUUUAACAGCAUCGGAUUUAGAACUUAGAUUAGAUGAAUUUUACCAAAGAGCCAACAAAAUGCUAAUGAAAUUACUUUUUGAAGGAUAUGAUUUCCCUAGCGUUGUUAACGUAUUCCAAAACCUAUUUUUACUCCAAGACUCCUUUAACAUUGACAAAUUUAUUGAUGCAAAUUUGCAAGAUUUGAAAAAGCCAAAAUUGAAAGUAUCUGUAUCUAGGUUAAAGAAACAGUAUGAUGAUAUAUUUAAGACUAAAAUGGAAAAUAAAGUAGGUGUGCAACCAAACAUGCAUGAUGUUGUUCAAGAGAAUCAAAAAUUUACUGUCAAUUCUGAAUCAUUAUAUCAAAUUGUUGAAGAAUUGUUGGAGAAGAAUCUGGAUUAUGCCAUUCCUGAUGAACACAUCAGAGGUUUUUACCAUAAGGUCAUGCCUGCUAGAAAUGACCUGAAAAUGACAAUACUGAGUGGAGAGUCUUUGGAAAAUACGGUUAAAGAUACAUUGACUAUAUCUAGUAUUGAUGUGAAUGUUUCAUUGCCAUUCCCUUUAAAUUUGGUCAUGAACCAGCAAUUGUCUUACCAAUACCAAAUCAUGUUCCAAUUAUUAGUCAAUAUCAAGUUUAUUUCCAAAUAUAAUGGUGCCAACUGGCAAGAUUUGAACUACUCACGUAUCUGGAAAAACCGUAAUUUCGAACCAAGAGUUAAAAGAUUAAUAUUAAGAUGCAGAGUUUUGCACUCUAGAGUAUGCCGAUUCAUCACUGAACUUGAAAAUUACAUCAUGUAUGAUGUAAUCGAAUACAAUUAUGAAAAUGUCAAAUCGUUAAUAUCACACACAACAAGUGUUCUUGCAACAAACAAAGUUGGUUCAGAUAUAAAUAAUGAAAUCGACCAAAUAUUCAAUGGUACAUUACUUGGAGGUACAUUUAGUAACAAUUCAAUUUUUGAUGAUAAAAUCCAUAGACAAAGGAUCGCAGCUCGUGGUAAUACCAACAAUGGAGGUGGACCAACACAAGAUGGAGCUGAGCGUUUAUUAACUGUUGAACAACUUAUCCAUAAAUUAUCAGAUUAUUCAAGCAAUCUAAUGAAUGAGAGCUUGCUUACAAAAAAAGAAUCAUUGCAACAAUUGAGAUCAAUUUUAGAUUUUGUAUUACAAUUUAAUAAUUAUAUUGUUCAGAUCAAGAAAGUUUUAGUUUUAUUGAAUCAUGAAUUGUAUCAAAAAUUUUCUGAAGACUUCCCGGCACGAUUUAACAGACCUAUGGAUCAAGCACUGAUGGAUUUAAGAUAUCUGAAUUUGUAUAAUACUUUUCUUGAACAAUACCAAAAAUUUGGAGAACACUUGGUUGCAUUUUUGGCUACGAUAAAGAAACUUGGUGAAAGGGAAAAUAGAGGGUUAUUAGAAUUGAGUGAUAGAUUAGAGCUUUGCUUCCCAGAAUAA